UCUCCAUCUUUUAACAGUUCGCGACACUUCAGGAGACACACACCACCAGAGACACAUAGAGCGUGUGUGUGUGUGCGUAUGCCUGUGUGAUUUAGACGAGACAUAGAUACAGCGCAGAAGAAGCCAAACAGUGUGCGAGAGGGAUUUAAGACCAGCUGAGUGGCUGAGAGAAAUAUACACUUAUACACACAGGUGACUUUUCACCUCACCCCGAACCUGCAGGAUGUUUAAGAAGAAAGAGACAAGUGUCAAGGAUGGCACCAAGGACAGCAGCACCCUCAAGGCUUCGUCCAAGAUGACCAAGACUCAGGUGAAUGACCUGACCUUACUGAUCGCACGCAUGCAGAAGAAUGCUGACACAGUGGAAAAAGACGUGCUGAGGGCUGAAGACCUGCUGGUCAUUGAUGCAGAAAACGACAAGAACAAUGUUCCAUUUAAACACCAGAAGGAGACUUCUGAUUGCCUGUCUGAGGCCGAAGGGCUCCUCAAGGAUCUCUUCCUGGAUUUGGACAAAGCCAAGAAAAUGAAACACCCACAGACAGGAGAGAUCGAGAAAGAUGUGAGUCGACUUCAUGAGCGCUGGCUGAAGGACUGCGUGUUUUACCGUGAACUCUACAAGCAGAUAAGUGAGAUCGGCCUGCAGCCGCGCAUCAACUGGAUCCAAGUGUUCAACCAGAAACAGAAAGAGGUCAACUCAGAGGCAUAUGGGCCCACCAUGGCUGAACUGGAGAAACAGAUCGCAGCCCACAAUAUACUACACAAGGAGAUCGAAGCCUACAACACGCAGCUCAGCCCAGACAGCACCAGCUCUAAGGAGGAACAUGCUGCCCUCAAGAAGCAAUACUCCAAUCUGUUGGACAACUCAAAAUGGCGCCAUCACUACCUGAACAGCCUGUACGAGUACAUGCAUAGCUGUAAUAAAGAGGUAGGCUACCUGAGCGAAGAGCAGGCGAAGAUCCUCCAACAAGACUGGAGCGACCGCAUGGUGGAUCCGCAGGACGUUCGGCGCCGCUACGAGAACUUUAAAAACAACAGCCUGCUGUCUCAUGAGAGCGAGGUGAACAAACUGCAGGAUGAUGGAGAUCGUCUGAUAGAGAUGAAACACCCUGCAUCAAGCACCAUUCAGGACCACAGAGACACGCUGAGGAACGAAUGGCAGAAAUUUCUGAACCUCUGUAUCUGCCAAGAAACACACCUGGACAAUGUGGAGGAAUACAAAAAGUACCAAUUGGAUGCCGAGACUUUGUCCGAAUCGUUAACAGGCCUCAGUUCCACUUUGGACCCCAAAUCUCUCUCUAAAAAGUCCAACACAGAGACUCAGCUACAGCUAGAGACAGAGGAAAGGCCUCUUCAGCGCUGUGAGCAACUCUUAGCAGAUCUGAGAAAGCGCAGCACCACCGUCGCUCCUCUCAAACUCCGCCGCACAGCCCCGAACCGACCCGUCACCGUCGAGUCUCUGUGUGACUGGAGCACACCCAAGGCCUCCAUAUCCAGAGGUGAGAAGUUCACCUUGAAGUCCAACAGCAACAACGCAAAAUGGGAAGUGCAUUCGACUGACGGGGCCAUCAACUCCUUUCCUGGAGUGUGCUUCUUGAUUCCUCCACCCGACACAGAUGCCAUUAACAAAGUGGAUCUGUUGGGCAAAGAGCUGGAAGACCUGAAGAAAAGGCGUGCAGCAGUCAGGGCCUCACUGAAGACUCAGGUCCCUGAAACCGCACGAGCAGUGCAAUCAGCUCCUGUAUCUAAAUCUCUGGAGAACCCUAAAGCUACAGAACUCAGUGGACGUCUGGAUCAGUUGGACAAAGACCUGACCCUAGCAGAACUGGACAUGCUGAACCGAAUGAGAGCUCCACUGGACAGCAGCAACCCUGGUGGAGAUCUUGCACACCGCCUGAAGGAACAAGAGAAAGCUGCAGCAGCUCUGCGGCAGCUGGAGCAGCAAAAGGCAGCUGUACAGAAGGAGCUUGAUCCACUUGUAUCCCAGGACUUCAAUGGCCCAGUGUCAUCCAGUUUGCCCGAGAGACUGAACCAGACCAAAAACAAACAAGACAGCCUGGCUGCUCUUAAUGACCUCUACACCAAGAAGGCUAAUGCAUCCCUGAACUUGGAGAGCCAAAUAAGAAAGGUGGAUGGGAUUGUUUCUGGUUUUGAGAAGCAGCUGUGUAGAGAUGGUCCUGUUUUAGAUUUUCCCAACUCCCUCCAGAACCGCAUCCACGAACUGCAAAAUCUGAAGAAAGAUGUGUCUGCUGCCCAACCUGAGAUGCAGAAGCUGAACAAGGACCUGGAGACGACAGAAAAACUGUGCAGUUCCCUCCAGCAGGGAUAUCAGGAGUACUGCCCUGACAUACGCAGGCAGGAGGCUCAGGUUAAAAGCCUGCAGAACCGCUAUGCUAACCUAAACAACCAGCUAGUAGACAGGGAGAGCCUUUUGCAAGGGGCUAGCACCAAAAAUAAUGACUUCCAGAAUGCUACCCAAUCACUUGACACAUUCCUGGACAAUUUGCCCAACAACAAGGUCAGACCCUCGGAUGAUAUAGCCGAAGUCAGCGCAAAGCAGAGUUCUCAAGAGAGAGUAGUAGAGGACAUUAAAAGGAAAGGUUAUGAAGUGGACAGGAUGGUCGAUCUCUCUCAGGAUCUCCAGGAUAUCCUCAGUGAAUAUGAUAUUAGCUCUGACAAGUACAGAGCGACUCUGAAAAACCCUGAUGCAGUAGAUAGUAGAAGGGUGUCCACACCUACCCUGGCCGAGUCUGUGGCAAAACAGGAAAAAGCUCUAGUGAACCGCUAUGCUAACACAGCGGCGGCAAAUGACCAGCUUCUCAACCAGAUGGACUUAGCCAAGAGCCUUCUUGCACAGAAAGAGGAGAAAGUAGCCAUUGUACAGCAGCAGCAGCAACUGCAACAAAAAAGUGUAGCAGAGGUUGAUGGUCUACAGAAGAAACUUGAAGAUGAAAUUGGCAGACGCAGCCAUGUUGAAUCUGAGCUUAGAGUGUUUCAGGAUAGGAUGCUGUCCCUCAAGAGCAGAAGAGGCGUUGAACGUGUGGAAGAGAAGGAGGUUUUACAAUACUACCGUGAUCCAAAGCUUGAGGCUGAUUUAAUUGACUUUCAGAAAAAAGUCCACGAGGAGGCCUUGCGACGAACUGGAACCCAAAGUGAGAUUGAGGUGCUCACCAGAAGGAUUUCUAAUAUGGAAACAGAACUUAAGGGUGCUCAGCCAAAACUGGUGACUAGAGAGGUGACCAAAUAUGAGAGAGACCCUCAGUUGGAUGUGGAGGCUAAAAGACUGAGGGAUGAGAUAAGCAAAUUGAUGAAUGAGGUCAAAGUUAAAGAUAGUCAAGGAGGUCAACUGAAAACAGAGAUGAUACUCUUGGAGCAAAAGAGGCCCACUAUCAAAGAAAGGGUGGUACAGAAGGAGGUUGUUCGAGUAGAGAGAGAUCCUGAGAUGCUGAAGGCUGUUAUGUCAUUAAAGAUGGACAUUGAAGAUGAGGAUGAAAGGGCCCGGUCUUUGAACAAUCUAAUUGUCCAAACAAAGAGUCAAAUUACCACUCUUGAGAGACUCAUCCCUACCUUAGAGCCCAAGUAUGUGACCAAAGAAGUGAAGAAGAUUGAAAAAGACCCUGCACUCAUUAAUGAGUCUACCAGACUCCGAUCUAGCAUAGAUGAAGAGAGACACCAGAAUAAAUUGCUUCAUAACGAACUGACUGAUCUUCAGGCACGGUAUGUCCAAGUUGAGCAGCUUAAACCAAAGAUAGACAUCAAGGAGAUUGUUAACGAGAUCUACAGGAUUUCCCCAGAGACUGAAGCGGAGAUAGUACGACUGAGGAGAGAACUCCAGGAUGGUGCCAGGCAGUGUUCUGAUUAUGAAAGAAAGAUCAAUUUGGUCAGAAUUGAUUUGGAAGCUGUCCGUUCUCAGAAACCAACAAUCGAGUAUAAGGAAGUGGUUCAAGAGGUGGUGAAGGAAGAACGUAGUCCAGAGAACGUGAGAGAGAUUCAAAAGCUCUCUGAUCAAGUCUAUUCCCUGCAAAGAUCCUACAGUUCCUUUCAAGAUGAGCUGAACCGUCUCAAGAGAGAGCGGGAUGAACUGAAGGCAGAGAAGUCAAAGAUAGAGACUAAGGUGGUCACUAAAGAUGUGGUCAAGCAUAUCAAUGAUCCACUCUUGGAGAAGGAAGCAGAUCGUCUAAGGAAGGAGGUACGCGACGAGGCACAAACACGCAGAACCAUAGAGGAAAUGGUAUUCGAUCUUCAGAACAAAUACAUACAACUGGAGAGACAGAGACCAGAAGAGAAGGUGGUAGUACAAGAAGUGUUGAGAUUAGAGAAAGAUCCAAGGCAGCUUAUAGAACUUGAGAGGCUAGGAAGGACUCUGGAUGAGGAAGUAAACAAUCGUAGGAAGGCAGAUCAGGAAGUGCAGCGAUUAAGAGCUCUGAUAGAGGAUAAGGAGAGGACUAUUAGGGAAAGUGAUGAGAGGCAAAAAAAGAUUAUGGUGGAGACUGAGUUGUCACAAAUUAAAUACCGUAUCAAUGAGCUAGAGAAUGCACCACCACCAGUUCAGGAGUAUAUUGUUAUGGAGGAAGUUCUGAAAGUAGAGAGGGAUCCAAAACUGGAAAAACUGACCAGUGGCCUGAGGACAGACUUUGACAAAGAGAGCAAUGAUGUCAUGCGGCUGGAGCGAGACAUCAGGAAUUUGAAAAUCCAGAUAGACAUCCUACAAAAAGAGAAAUCUUUUGAGAAAACAGUCUACAAAGAGGUGGUCAGGGUAGAAAAAGACCCAGCAGUAGAGACUCAGCUCUCUCGCUUAAGAGAGCAUGUGCUCCAGCAGAGAAAUGCCAGAUUAGACGUGGAGGAUGAAAUCCGUCGUCUUAAAGAGAAACAGGAGCGACUGCAAACCAGAAGAACAACAACCUCUCAAGAGGAGACUAAUCUUAUACAUCAAAGGGAUUCCCUUCUAAAAGAAAAACAGGAUCUCCAACGUCAACUGAGAGCUCUGGAGGGCGAUCAGAAAGAAAUCAGCAUCUCAUUCCAGCAGCAGUCCAGGCUAAUGAGUGAAAGAUCCCAAAUGAGCAGGCAAAAGAGCAUAAAGAUGGAGUCUGAUGUUCAGCGCUUGGAGAGAGAAAUUCUGGACGAGAAGGAUAGGAUUUACAAGCGGGAAAACACCAUCACAGAGCUCAGAAACAGCUUGAAAAAAGAGGAAAGUGCUUCAGAAACCCGUACGCAGGAGAAAAACGUCUCCACCAGAAUUAGCAUCCUGGACCCUGAGACUGGUAAAGACAUGUCACCAUAUGAUGCUUACAUUAAAGGGCUGAUUGAUCGUACCCAGUACAUCAAUUUGCAGGAGUUGGAGUGUGACUGGGAGGAGAUCACUACAAUGACACCUGAUGGGGAGACGUCUGUAUUGCAAGAUCGCAAGAGCGGCAAGCAAUAUUCCAUCAAAAAUGCUCUCAGAGAUGGCAAAUUGACCCAAUAUCAAUUACAGCAAUAUAAAGAUGGAAAGAUGCCCAUCUCAGAGUUUGCCCUUCUCGUGGCUGGAGAAAAGAAGAAGCCAUCUACAAUCACAUCAGUUACCAGCCAAAGGACUUCGCAGAAACCCCCCUCAUAUACCAAAAGCAACCCCAAUUCCCUUGAUGAGCAACUCCCUAUUUGUGGAAUUUACGACAAAGAUACCGAUACAAGCCUUUCAGUGCGCUCGGCCCUGGCCCGAAAGAUGAUUGACCCCACUACAGCCCAAAGGUUGUUGGAGGCACAAGCAGCCACUGGUGGUAUUGUGGAUGUUAACAACAGAGAAAGAUAUUCAGUCCACAAAGCAUCGGAUCGAAGCCUGAUCGAAUCCACCCAGCUGCAGAGGUUGCUUAAUGCCCAGAAAGCCUUCACUGGGGUUGAAGAUCCAGUAACUAAAGAACGUCUGUCAAUUGGAGAGGCUGUUCAGAAGGGGUGGCUGCCUAAAGACACAGCCAUGCGUUACAUGGAGGUGCAGUACCUGACAGGUGGCCUUGUCAGCCCCAACCAAGCAGGCCGAGUAAGCAUUGUAGAUGCAGUCAAAGGCAAGAUGAUCGACAGUGCAAUGAUGAGAGAGCUUCAGGAAGAGGCAAACUACAUCAAGGACCUAGUGGAUCCAAUUACAAAGCAGAAAAUCAGCUACAAGCAGGCGAUGGCACUCUGCAAGCCAGACCCAUAUUCAGGCCUCCCAUUGCUUCCUGCAGCAUCAACGGAUGAUGGCUACAUGCCUUCGUACAGGAGCCACAGAUACAGCAACUACUCUUAAGACAUGUUUACAGCCAAAGUGAAGAGCAUAGCAGUUUCUGAAGAUUCUUUUCAAAUGAACUGUAAUUCAGUGCAAACCAUUAAUGUUUAUAUUCAUAAUGCUCAGAUUGUUGUAAAUCUCAGGAAAAAAAGCUGCCAAAUCACACUACAUUAAUAAUCUGUAAUAAUAUUUGAGCACACAUAAGUGUCUUAAUGUUAGUACUAAUAUGUCACAGCUAAUGGGGAUUACUCAGCAUUUUGCUUAUUAUGCUAUCUGGCAUGCACUGGCUCUUUUUAAUAUAAAUAACUAUUAGCACAUUUUGGAGAAACAGCAUUCAUUUAAGGGCUUUGACAGCUGAUGUGGCAAUAUUUGUUUACUUUAUUUGCAUGAUGUGAGAAAUAAGAACCAUAUAUAUUCAUCUGAAGAGCUUAAUGGUUAUGAAAAAAUAUCUUUCAAAGUCUGUUUUACUUGGGAUGAUGGGCUGGGUAUUUUUUUCCUGUUACUGAUAACUAUUUAAAUCUUGUUUUUAAGAAAUUCACCCAUCAUGACAAUCUUAAAAAAUACCACUGUGCAUUCAAAUGUUAAAUAAAAAAAAGGUCUUGUCUUGUUAACCCAGAACCAAAUAAAACAACCAGUACAUAA